CACCGCAGCCUAAACUUUUCAAAUUCGUUUUCUACUCAAUUAAAUAACUGAAGGUCAAGCUGCGUGAAUUUCAAGUCCCUGGUUAUUCUCGCGCUUUAUACUGCUCAAUCGAUCUUCAUUUUCAACUGAAGUCCACUGGUUUUCCACUGAAUCAAAAGCAUCUUUUUCGCCUUUUGAUUCGACAUGUAGUUUUGAUGAUUUAGGCUUUUUCUAAUAGGUCGUAAAUCUUCUUACUCACCAGACACAUUUCUGAAAUGGAGAUGAUUUUGGAGCGAAAGGACGCAGCUGAUUGGAUUUACAGAGGCGAAGGAGCUGCUAAUCUUGUUCUUGCCUACGCCGGAUUGUCUCCAACUUUUAAAAUGUGGAACUGCUUGAGUCAUAAGGUUGGGAAAGUGAUAAGGUUACAGAAGGCACCGAGGAAGGGGGAGCAACAGCGCGUGAAUGCUGCGUCAGUUUUAACAAUUCACGAGAAGCUUCUAUGGAGAGAUCAUGACGAGCUUAUAUCGUCUUCAAGCAAAGAAAUCGUUGAUCAUUUGUACGUCAAGCAUGUGAUGAGCCCUUUGUUAGGUCCCAAAUAUGUUGAUGCCGGGCUGCAUAUUCGAACAUCCAGGGAAUUCCUUGAAUCUGUUGAAAAGAAUGUGAUAUGUCAGCGUCCUGCUUGGCGAGUUGACGCAGCCAGGGUUGACACACUUCGUGAUUCUGUGCUUCUGAUACAUGAUCAUUCAAUUUUUCCUCAUGGUAUUCGCAAAGAUGAACAGUGCUUAUGUGUUGAAAUAAAGCCCAAGUGUGGAUUUCUUCCUUCUUCGAAAUUCAUUGCUGAGGAAAAUAGCAUUAAAAGAAAUGUAUCGCGUUUUAGAAUGCACCAAUUCCUGAAGUUGCAACACAAACAGGUCUUAGAAUUAAGUGAAUACGAUCCCCUAGAUUUAUUUUCAGGAUCUAAGGACAGAAUAUGUAAAGCUGUAAAAGGUCUCUAUUCCACCCCUCAGAACAACUUUCGUGUUUUCUUGAAUGGUUCCCUUGUCUUUGGUGACUUGGGUGGUGUUGCAAACCGUACCAGCUUUGCAAUUGGACAAGCAUUUGAAGAUGUACUAAAAGGUAUUAUUCAGGCAGAUGAUGGUCUGCGUGCAAUGAGUUUUAUACAGCUUGUUGUUGAGGCAGUCUAUAAAUCUGGGGUGCUAGAUCGACUUCUUGAAGUUCAAAAGCUUGACGAUUUUGAUAUUGAAGGCGCUAUUCAUGCAUAUUAUAACAUAAUUUCUCAACCUUGCAUGAUAUGUAAACAAAUGGAUAUAAAUAGAAUACCUCUGCAGCAUACAUCAUUGCAUCAAAUUCCUGUGAAUGAAAGCUUGAAGAUUUUAAAGGAUUAUUUGGUAGCUGCAACUGCAAAGGAUUGUAGUUUGAUGAUCAGUUUUAAACAGAGGGAAGAUGGAGAUACAGGAUCUUCAUUUAGUAAUGUGUACUUAGAGUCGACCAAUCAAAGUUUUGAUUUCAAGGUGCAUUUCGUUGAUCUGGAUUUGAAGCCUUUGAAGAAAAUGGAGGAAUAUUAUGAAUUAGAUAAGAAGAUAGUUACCAAUUACACACAGAUGAUACAAACCGAGCAUGAAGGAGAGAAAACUGAGAGAAUGAGUGCUUAUGAGAGUGCAAAUUGAUAUAUAUUACUGUCGCUGGAGGACACUUGUACUACUGAAGAUUUUAGAGGAGAAGAUGACACUGAAUCAGUGAACCUUGUGCUAGAGACUUUCUCUCAGAUCUUUGGUCAUCAGUGAAGGCUCUCUAUAUGUGAUUGAGCUAUUUAAUCAACCUCUCAUGAAGGUGAUCCUGAAUUGUUAAAGAAAACAGUGCUGUCAGUGGAACUGCUGUGCUCCAAGUGCAGACAGAAGGUGAUGAAAUUAAUUGCAACAAUAGAAGGGAUAACCUCGAUUGUCCUUGACCCAUCAAAAAAUACCGUGACUGUGAUUGGAGAGGCUGAUCCAGUGGCAAUCAUUAAGAAGGUAAGGAAAUUCAGAAAAACUGCCACCUUUGUGAGUAUAGCGGCUUCCAAGGAAGAGAAGAAAGAUGAGAAGAAGGAUCUGAUUAUUUAUACUCCAAAGACAUGUCAGAGAUGCGAUGUCUGGUAUGUCGUCGGUGAUGAUCCUUUCAACUAUUGUUCCAUUCUGUAAUUUAGAGACAUACUUUCUGAAUUUGCUGUUUCUUGGAUUUCAAACAAUUCCUCAUGUAUUCAAUGUUCUAAUUAAUUAAUAGUUGCCGGUACUAUUCAUAUGUAA